AUGAAUAGCCAUGGCAUCACCGCCCGUGCCGGUCUGGCCCCUUUCGAUCUUUACCCCUAUAAUCCGUCAAAAUCAGCUGGAUGGGCCUUUGUUGUCAUUUUCGGUAUCUGUGCAGCCUUUCAUUUCGUCUAUAUGUUCCCAUUACGGGCGUGGUUCUUUGUCCCGUUUAUUCUUGGCUGUGUUGGUGAGGCAUUUGGCUAUUACGGCAGAGCAUGGUCGCACAAUAAUAUACGACUGGGCAGUCCAUACCUCCUCCAGCUCAUGCUUAUCUUAGGGUCCGCGCCACUCCUUGCUGCGACUGUUUAUAUGACACUUGGUCGCUUUGUGCGAUCGCUCAGGGCGGAGAAGCACACAAUCAUGAGGUCGACCUGGGUCACCAAGAUAUACGUCCUGAUCGAUGUUGCAAGCUUCAUCUGCCAAAUGAUGGGUUCUGCUAUGCAAGGUAGUGGAGAUCUAAAGGGCGUUGAGCUUGGCCAGCACAUAGUCAUCGGGGGUCUGAUUGUCCAGCUUGUCGCACUUGCUUGGUUUCUGAUAGAGUGCACAGUUCUCCAUCGUCGGCUUCACAAACGUCCAACCUUUGUUUCAAGAAACCCCUCGGUCCAAUGGCAGAGAACCCUUUGGACAUUGCACUUUGUGACCUUGUUGAUCUUUGGUCGCAGUCUUUAUCGGCUAAUUGAGUUUCUCGAUGGCUCUGAAGGCUAUUUGGCCACACACGAAGCAUACCUAUAUGCCUUCGAUGCGUCCCUACUUUCUAUAGCCGCCCUGCUGCUUGCUCUCGUUCACCCAGGAAGGCUUUUCACGCUAGUUCGAAAGCUAGACUUAUGCGAGUUUGAAGAUGGCGCCGUUUUGUUGGAUUGA